GCGAGAAGACCCCAGAAGAUGCUGCCUCUCCUGCUCAUCUGUGUCCUACCUGCCACCAGCGGGAAGAACUGCCUCCUCUGCUGGCCAGAAAUAUCUCCCCUGAUAGACUACGACCUGCAGAUUCUCUGGGGCAGCCCGGGGCCCCCCCUAGAACUCUCCCGAAACCGUGACCACUUGGAGGAAGCAACAGCCAAACUCUUCACCGAAGUAGACCAAACCAUUAAAACAUUACGGUUCGAUAAGUCAGUACUUCUGGAAGAGAUUCAGACGCACAAGACUCUCUUUGCUGAGAGGCUGAACGACGUGUCUGAGGGGCUGAAGGAGAAAGACACGUCCUCCACAGUGGAGGUGACCAACUGUGCCAACUGCAGGACUCACUUCCUCUCCUGCGGGGACCCCACUUUCUGCCCAGCCAGGCCCCGGUGGCCCUCCAAGUGGGCUGUGAGCCUCAGCCUUGCUCUGCUCCUGGCAGUAGCUGGAGAGGUUACUUUUUCUGGCGCAGGAAGAAAGAAGCAGUAA